AAGUCACACAACCUGAUCUGACCCGCUGUGCCCUUCCACUCCUCGACGAUUUAGGGAUUAGUUUUGUCAAAUCGCGAUAGCUCCUCAAAAGCACCACAAGCUAACCCCCGUGUCAAAGAGGGGGAGGUGCUACGGCUAGUUGUUGUUAAAGAUUUUUUAAGGCAUGAUCUUAUAAAGAGGAAUGGGGAAGAAAGGAAAACGUAAAAAUUCUUCUCCUAAGAAAAUCACAGCACUUAACAGAGAGGUCCUUGGGAUCUGUAAUCACAUCCAAGAUGUAGUUAUAAAAGACUUCCCCCUCCAUCCUGCUGCACAGUGGCAAGAGUACGAGAAAAUCUAUUCCCUGAUAGAACUGAUCAGAGGAAAACAAAAAGAGCUUGCCAUUCCUUGGAAGGACCAGAAAAGAGAUGCACACAUUGAGGAGUUUACUCAGUGGUUCAAGGCAAAUGGCGGAACUGCUGAACAUGUGGAAAUCCAUGACUUUGGGGAUCAAGGACUUGGACUUCGAGCCACAGCGGAUUUACAGGAAAAUCAAGUUUUUGUUGCCGUUCCUGAAAAGCUUCUGAUGUCAGUGGUGACAGCAAAGAAGUCCAGCCUUGGUCCGCUGAUCAGUCGUGAACAUGGGCUCAGGUCCAUGCCGCACGUGGUCCUGGCGUUGCACGUGUUGUGCGAAAGGUUGCACGAGGACUCCACGUGGGCACCAUAUUUGAAUAUUCUCCCUAGAAGCUAUAGCACGUGUUUGUACUUCUCUCCCGAUGACAUGAUGGCGUUACAGGGAUCACCUUCUAUGGGUGAAGCGCUAAAACAAUUCCGUGGCAUUGUCAAACAGUACGUCAACUUCUUCCGCCUCGUCCAGAUUAACCCCGAAGCAUCUCGACUCCCUCUGAAGAAUUCGUUCACUUUUGAUGACUUCAGAUGGGCAGUUUCUACGGUGAUGACGAGACAGAAUGAUGUCAAAGUUUCUUCAAAUGAGACUGUCAAGGCGCUUAUACCCAUGUGGGAUAUGUGUAACCAUUGCAAUGGCCCGUUCACUACAGGGUUCGAUGACUCCACCAAAGAAGUCAAGAGCUUAGCCUUCAAGCCUACUAGAGCUGGCGAUCAAGUAUUCAUUUUCUAUGGCAGGCGAAAUAACGCGGAUCGAUUGUUCCAUAACGGGUUCGUGUAUACAGAGGCCGAGGAAGACUGGGUCAAUAUUCAACUCGGGGUUAGCAAGAAUGACCGACUUUACGCGAUGAAGGCCCAGAUACUAGCCAUGGUCGGACUGGAUGCCUCUGGUCGCUCGUACCGAGUCUUACGCGGUCCUGAGCCCAUAAGCCCUGAGUUGCGGAUCUUUCUUCGCGUGUUUUCAAUGAAUACAGGUGAACUUAAACCCUACUUGUUCAACCCUGAGGGACUUCCUGUCACGCCCUUGGCCGAGCUCUGUAAAGCCGAGUUCACACUUAGUGAAGAGAACGAGCUCAAACUUUGGAGCUUUUUUCAUACGCGCCUACAGCUCAUUCUUGGGCAGUACAAGACAACUAAGCAGGAAGACGAAGCCCUUCUCAGCAGAGAUGACAACACCCUCCACACCAGAAACUGCAUCAGAUUGCGCAUGUCAGAAAGAGACAUCCUGGUUUCAGCGCUAGAGCACGCCAAAGCGAGGCUACAGGAACUGAGUCCGCAAGAGGCCACAGAAGUAGUCAGCGGCUCCGAUAUCGACACGCAGCGGGAUACCUGUGUAGAACAGGAACAUGAUUUGCGCCCGCACGACCUGGUGUGCGGUGCUAAGGAUGACCUGAAAGACUUGACAAUUGAGGACUCAAAUACGAAUGAUUUGCCUAAAGUGGAUACCUGUGGACUUAGUGCCCUGAGCCAGCCAGCAACCGAAACAGCAGUUCCUGGUGUGGAGGUAGCUCACUGAUUUCCCUUUAUAUGCCCUCUUAUCAGAGGAGUUAUAUCACAUCUUGAUUACAUCACAUCUUGAUUAUGUGGUAUGUGGUAUAACAGACUCGCCAUAGUCAUUCCGAGUGCAAUGCUCCACAACAAUAAUCAAAAACAUGUCAAGUUUGAAACAUUGUCUAAAAUUACUUAAUUUUUAAAAUCCCUCGAGAACUUGACAGAUAAUAAUAAUCAGCUGAUGCAAUUGGAUGCAUUUCGCACUUGGUACUUUGCUAGGAUUACAAAAUGGCGGCUGACUGAGGCUUGGCCCUAGGUGAGUCUUAAGCCCCUUGAAAUCGGUGCCAAAUUUUUUGAGCCUCAGCAUUUUGUGCGUGGCGUUGGGGGUGUUUGUUGAAUGAUGCUGCGUCGUAAUGUCUAGUAUAACUUCGCUGCUAUUUUAAUUAUAACAACAGUAAGUUUUGUUCGCACGGGAAUUUACAAUGUUCAUAUUACCUCAAUAUCACGAAAUCAUAAAUAAAAAAUGUUAUUUUUUUCUGUU